GAGAGCUCAGAGGUGAAGGUUGGAGUCUCAGCUCUGGGGAGAGCUGGUUUGUCAUGAUGAAGAUGAAGAUGAAGAUCUGCCUGUUCAUCCUCCCUCUCUCAUGCCUGCUUCUGCUCACCACAGCCACUCAUCGAGAGGUCAGACUGGUGCAAGGUGCACACCAGUGUGCUGGGAGAGUAGAGAUGAAGCAUGGAGAUACCUGGGGCACAGUGUGUGAUGCUGACUUUGACCUACAUGAUGCAGGGGUUGUUUGUCGGCAGCUGGGCUGUGGGAUCCCUGUGGAGGUGCUGGGGGGGGCUGCGUUUGGGAAGGGGGGCAACCAGGUGUGGAGAGAGGAGAUCCAGUGUAGAGGGAAUGAAUCUCAUAUUUCCUUCUGCCCAAAAUCACCCUCAAAGACAGAGAACUGCUCCCAUGAUAAUGAUGUGGGACUGGUGUGUUCAGGGUACACAGACUCCAGGCUGGUGGGCGGCCCUGACUCCUGCUCCGGGAGGGUGGAGCUGCAGUACCUCAGUGAGUGGGGGACAGUGUGUGAUGCAUCCUGGGAUAUGAGAGCAGCCAGUGUCCUCUGUCGGCAGCUGCAGUGUGGGGGCGCUGUGGCAGUGCCAGGACAGGCCUGGUUUGGAGAGGGGAGGGGCCGCAUCUGGACUGAUGUGUUUGAGUGCCAGGGGAAUGAGACACACCUUUCCCAGUGUACUGUGUCCUCAUGGAGUCGAGCUGCAUGCUCUCAUGGACGGGAUGCAGGAGUCAUCUGCGAUGGGUCUAAAUCUCUCUCAGCCCUCAAUGGGACAGUACGACUGUCUGGAGAGAGUGGCUGUGAAGGUCAGGUGGAAGUUUACUACCAGCUGACCUGGAGCAGAGUUCCCAUGGACUCCUGGAGCUUCAGGGAGGCCUCUGUAGUUUGCAGGCAGCUGGGCUGUGGCUCUGCAGUGAGGCUGAACAGCUCCUCCCUGUCUGGGACAGGGGACAGUGAUGCGUGUCUGACAGGGUAUCAGUGCUCUGGGAAUGAAUCUCACCUGGUGAACUGCAGUGAUCCACAGAGACUGAGCUGCAGCUCUGGUCCACAGGUGUCCAUAGAGUGUUCCAGUCACAGGUCCAUCAGGCUGAUGGGUGAUGCUGGGGGCUGUGCAGGGAGGCUGGAGGUGCUCCACCAGGGCUCCUGGGAGACAGUGUGUGGAGACUCCUGGGACCUGAAGGAUGCUGAGGUGGUGUGCAGACAGCUCCAGUGUGGGACGGCUCUCAGUGACCCAGUGCCCACCUUCUUUGGACCAGGAACUGGUUCCAUCUGGCUGAAUGAGGUGGACUGUGAGGGAAAUGAGACGUCUCUGUGGGACUGUCCUUCAGCACCGAGGGAACAGAAUGACUGUGUCCAUAAAGGCGUAGGAGUUAUGUGUUCAGAAUACAAACAAAUCAGGCUGGCUGAUGGCUGCUCUGGGCAGUUGGAGGUUUUCUACAAUGGCACCUGGGGAAAUGUGUGCUUCAAUCAAAUGGACACGUACACAGUCAGUAUGAUAUGUCAACAUCUCAACUGUGGGAAGAGUGGGACUGUUUAUAACUCAUGGUCUCGGCUGAAAGGAGCUCCGAACUGGCUUGAUAACCUGAAAUGUCGCCCACAUGACUCUGCACUGUGGCAGUGCCCGUCUUCUAACUGGGGAGACAAUAAAUGUGAGGAAGGUGAAGUGGCUCAGAUCACCUGUGAAAACAGUCAUGUGAGGCUGGUGGUUGGUGACAGUCCUUGUGCUGGCAGAGUGGAGGUUCUUCAUCAAGGAGAGUGGGGCACAGUGUGUGAUGAUUUCUGGGGUAUGGAGGAUGCUGCAGUGGUGUGUAGGCAGAUGUUCUGUGGAGAUGCUGUAGCAGCACUAGGGGAAGCUCACUUUGGAGCAGGAACAGGGAGGAUCUGGAUGGAUGACGCGGCCUGUAAUGGAUCAGAGUCGACACUGAAGGACUGUGGACACAGAGGAUGGGGAGUUAAUGACUGUGGUCAUGAUGAGGAUGCUGGAGUCGUCUGCUCAGAUCAUCGAGAGGUCAGGCUGGUGCAAGGUGCACACCAGUGUGCUGGGAGAGUAGAGCUGAAGCAUGGAGAUACCUGGGGCACAGUGUGUGAUGCUGACUUUGACCUACAUGAUGCAGGGGUUGUUUGCCGGCAGCUGGGCUGUGGGAUCCCUGUGGAGGUGCUGGGGGGGGCUGCGUUUGGGAAGGGGGGCGACCAGGUGUGGAGAGAGGAGAUUCAGUGUAGAGGGAAUGAAUCUCAUGUUUACUUCUGCCCAAAAUCACCUUCAAAGACAGAGAACUGCUCCAAUGAUAAUGAUGUGGGACUGGUGUGUUCAGGGUACACAGACUCCAGGCUGGUGGGCGGCCCUGACUCCUGCUCCGGGAGGGUGGAGCUGCAGUACCUCAGUGAGUGGGGGACAGUGUGUGAUGCAUCCUGGGAUAUGAGAGCAGCCAGUGUCCUCUGUCGGCAGCUGCAGUGUGGGAGCGCUGUGGCAGUGCCAGGACAGGCCUGGUUUAGAGAGGGGAGGGGCCGCAUCUGGGCUGAUGUGUUUGAGUGCCAGGGGAAUGAGACACACCUCUCCCAGUGUGCUGUGUCCUCAUGGAGUCGAGCUGCAUGCUCUCAUGGACGGGAUGCAGGACUUAUCUGUGAUGGGUCUAAAUCUCUCUCAGUUCUCAAUGGGACAGUAAGACUGUCUGGAGAGAGUGGCUGUGAGGGUCAGGUGGAGGUUUACUACCAGCUGACCUGGAGCAGAGUUCUCAUGGACUCCUGGAGCUUCAGGGAGGCCUCUGUGGUCUGCAGGCAGCUGGGCUGUGGCUCUGCAGUGAGGCUGAACAGCUCCUCCCUGUCUGGGACAGGGGACAGUGAUGCGUGUCUGACAGGGUAUCAGUGCUCUGGGAGUGAAUCUCACCUGUUGAACUGCAGUGAUCCACAGAGACUGAAUUGCAGCUCUGGUCCACAGGUGUCCAUAGAGUGUACUAAGCACAGGUCCAUCAGGCUGGUAGGUGAUGCCGGGGGCUGUGCAGGGAGGCUGGAGGUGCUCCACCAGGGCUCCUGGGAGACAGUGUGUGGAGACUCCUGGGACCUGAAGGAUGCUGAGGUGGUGUGCAGACAGCUCCAGUGUGGGACGGCUCUCAGUGACCCAGUGCCCACCUUCUUUGGACCAGGAACUGGGUCCAUCUGGCUGAAUGAGGUGGACUGUGAGGGAAAUGAGACAUCUCUGUGGAACUGUCCUUCAGCACAGAGAGGACAGAAUGACUGUGUCCAUAAACAGGACAUAGGAGUUGUGUGUUCAGAAUAUAAAGAGAUCAGACUGGCUGAUGGCUGCUCUGGGCAGUUGGAGGUUUUCUACAAUGGCACCUGGGGAAAUGUGUGCUUCAAUCAAAUGAACACAAACACAGUCAGUCUGAUAUGUCAACAUCUCAACUGUGGGAAGAAUGUGACUGUUUCUUACUCAUGGUCUCGGCUGAAAGGAGCUCCGAACUGGCUUGAUAACCUGAAAUGUCGCCCACAUGACUCCACACUGUGGCAGUGCCCGUCUUCUAACUGGGGAGACAAUAAAUGUGAGGAAGGUGAAGUAGCUCAGAUCACCUGUGACGGAUGUUCUGCUGCUGCCAAGGACAGACCAUGUUCACGCCACCCCCCCAUGAGACUGCAGGGCAACAGUAGCGAGUGCUCAGGGAGGGUGGAGCUGUGGCAUAACAGCUCUUGGGGGACGGUCUGUGACGACUCCUGGGACCUGAGAGACGCCCAGGUGGUCUGCAGACAGCUGGGCUGUGGGACAGCACUGGAGGCUCAUGGGAACUCUGCCUUUGGACGAGGAACUGGCACCAUUUGGCUGAAUGAGGUGAACUGCAGGGGUGAUGAGCUCCACCUGUGGGACUGUCCUCACUCUCUUCAGGAGCAGAGUUGCUGCCACCACAAGGAGGAUGCUGGUGUUACCUGUGCAGGUUCAUCGCUGAUUAAGGCCACUACAGGGAUUCCAGCAGCAUCUACAACAACAAAAGAAGUUCCUCCUUCAGCUGUACUGUCCCAGCAAGUCCCAUCUAGUCCUAUUGCCAUCUUCCUGGUACUGGGAGCUUUUCUCCUUCUGCUGCUGGUGAUAAUAGCUGUCCAGUUGUACCAGAACAGAAUGCUGAAGAGAGCUCUGUACCAGGAUCUCAGCCCUCUGUACGAGGGUCUCACCACUGUGCAUGAGACUGUUUAUGAGGAGAUAGAGUACAAUCUGACCAGUUGGACACCCUACAGAGCCCCUCGAAAGAGAAGUGUCCUCACUGAGGAGCUGCCCUCUGGGUAUGAAGAUGUGGAGGACAGUGAAGGAGACCCUCUCUCAGGGGAUCUGGUGAUAAACAACAUUUCAGAAGAUUAUGAUGAUGCGGGUUCUGUUGGGCAGGACUUGGGAAAUUUGUUUGGUUCAGGGUUGAUGGUGACAGGAGACACACCAGAGGACUAUGGUGAUGCUGAGUUUAUAGAGCAGAGCCCACAUGUUUUACCAGGUGUGAGAGGCUCGACCACACUGCCCCCUGGGGAGGGCCCCCAUGGACCAGACCAGACUGACUAUGAUGAUGUGGGGAAGAUUAUGUAGGAUCUUUGGGACUGAAAGAAGAAGCCUCUUCGUGUUUGAAGAAGCUUCUCUCCAAAAGUUCAUGAAGUUGUUUUUCAAAUGAGCUUCAUGUUAUACAGCAGCACCUGCCACAUCACCAUUCCUAUUCACAUAAUAUACAUUUUUAAGGUUUUAGGGUUAAGGUUUUUUUAUAUUAUUACUUAAGGUAAAUGUCAUUUCAUAAGAUAUUCUCAUACAUAAAUAAAAAUAUGACUUCUCAGCUGUUCAAGUGUAAAAUAUAUUUUCCAAAUUUUGAUCACUGCAGAAUUUUAUUUAUGAUUGCAGUAUGUUUCUUUCCUUUACUUGAUUAUAUUUCGAAAUUAAACUUGUGAAUUGCACAUGUUGAGAAAUGUUUGCCUCUAUAAAUACUGUGGAAAUUUAAAAAUAAAAUGUUACAAA